GGAACUACACCACCUAUUGGCCUUUUAAAUUACGUCUUCUAAGCUGAUCCUCCGCUACAACACAAGUUUCAGUUUUGUCCUGUAUUCCCGGUGUUCCUACAGCCAGGAAGAGCUCUUCCAGCCAUUAUAAGAUAAGAUGUCUUCUGAACUGUACAAGGAGUAGGCUUCUGGUUAACUUUUAGAUUUUUGUAAUGAAUGUGAAUACUUUUGAAUUAUUAGUACUUACAUAAUUGUAAAUACGUGGGAUUAUAUUUAAUCUCAUUUAGAAUGCAGCCAAAUGUUAUUGUACUUCUUUAUAGCAUUAUAAAGUUUGUUUUGUUUUUGUUUUUAAAGAAAAGAUAGAAAUUGGCCCUAGGAAUACAAUAUUCUCUUUGAAUAUUUGAUAGGUUAAACUCGUACUUUCCUUUCGCUGAUGGUUAUGAUCUAAGAUACACAAAACCUAUGCCUCCUCCAGAAUUCCCUUAUUAGUUUAGUGGCUUUCCUUAUGAACCCAGGGGCUUUUUAGGAGCAGUUUUUACAUAUACUUAGAUGCUGCCCAGACCCAGCCAUACCUUGUGCUGUGGAUUGUUUGGGAUUUUCUGAAAGAGGUGAGUUCCUGGUGCUGUUACCAGUGUUUCAGUUGCAAUGUAUUUCACUCUAUGUGUACACUAGUGUUGCAAAAGUGCCAUUUCUGGCUAGGAGGAUGACUCAGUGGGUAAAGUACUUGCUGUUCAAGCCUGAUGACUUAAGGUUGUUCUCUUAGAACCCACAUCAAAGUUGGAUGAAGUAGCAUGCUUGUCUGUAAUUCCAUCAUGUCCCUAUGGAGGAAUGGCAUGAGCUUUUGUGCCAGUUAUGGAUAAUGUAUCAGUGAACCAGAGUGACCUUAUUACAAAAAUAAGAUGGACGGCAAGGUUCUGACCCCUACAUGGGCACUGUUGCACACGUACAUACACACAGGCACGCGCGCGCACACACACAAUACAGUUUUUGAUUCUAGGUCUAGGAUUGAGGCCUCUCAAUCUUGUUAUUUAUAACAAACUUGUGUGUGAUGCUUUUGGUAUGUGAACCAUACUUUAUGUAGCAAGGUUCUAGAGGAAGGUCUUAUUUAGUUGUUUUUUUUUUUUAAUGUGGGAAAUCUAGGCUUGCCUGCUAUGAAUAUAUAUUUUUAUUCAUAUUCCACCCACGUAACUUUGAAGAAGAAAGAUGCCUAUUUCUUUCCCCCACAAUUCCUUUCUUCCAUUCCCUGCCCCUAUCCUUUCCUCCCCUUCUUGAACAGAGGCUGCUUAGCUUAGCAGUGGCAGGAGUCCUUCUGAGGAUUUGAUUUUUAAAAACCAUUGAAGAGGUGUAAAGGACCCUGCUUGCUGAAAGGAAAAGGAAGAGUGGCUGGGCCUUCCCCAGGUCAUCCCUGUCCUGAGCAGGCACCUGGGAACAAUUAACUGGCAUAGUCUCCAAAAAAAGACCCAGGUAAAGUUAUGAAGCUGAGUCCCAAAGCAGAAGAAGUAGCUACAUUCUUUGCAAAAAUGCUUGACCAUGAAUAUACUACUAAGGAAAUAUUCAGAAAAAAUUUCUUUAAAGAUUGGAGAAAGGAAAUGACUAAUGACGAGAAAAAUACGAUUACCAACCUAAGCAAAUGCGACUUCACACAAAUGAGCCAGUAUUUCAAAGCCCAGUCGGAGGCUCGGAAGCAGAUGAGCAAGGAAGAAAAAUUGAAAAUCAAAGAAGAAAAUGAAAAAUUAUUGAAAGAAUAUGGCUUUUGUGUUAUGGAUAAUCAUAGAGAACGGAUUGCCAACUUCAAGAUAGAGCCUCCAGGGCUUUUCCGUGGCCGGGGUAACCAUCCCAAGAUGGGCAUGCUGAAGAGAAGGAUCAUGCCCGAGGACAUCAUUAUCAACUGUAGCAAAGAUGCCAAGGUUCCUUCUCCUCCUCCAGGACAUAAAUGGAAAGAAGUCCGACAUGAUAACAAGGUUACUUGGCUGGUCUCCUGGACAGAGAAUAUCCAGGGUUCUAUUAAAUACAUCAUGCUGAAUCCCAGUUCACGAAUCAAGGGUGAGAAAGACUGGCAGAAGUACGAGACUGCUCGGCGGCUGAAGAAAUGUGUGGACAAGAUCCGAAAUCAGUAUCGGGAAGACUGGAAGUCCAAAGAGAUGAAAGUUCGGCAGAGAGCUGUAGCACUGUACUUCAUUGAUAAGCUUGCUCUGAGAGCAGGCAAUGAGAAGGAGGAAGGAGAAACAGCAGACACUGUGGGUUGCUGUUCACUUAGAGUGGAACACAUCAAUCUACACCCAGAAUUGGAUGGUCAGGAAUAUGUGGUGGAAUUUGACUUUCCUGGAAAGGACUCAAUCAGAUACUAUAACAAAGUCCCAGUUGAGAAAAGAGUUUUUAAGAACUUACAACUAUUUAUGGAGAACAAGCAGCCCGAGGAUGAUCUUUUUGAUCGACUUAAUACUGGCAUUCUAAAUAAGCACCUUCAGGAUCUCAUGGAAGGUUUGACUGCUAAGGUGUUCCGUACAUACAAUGCGUCCAUCACGCUACAACAGCAGCUUAAAGAGCUCACAGCCCCUGAUGAGAAUGUACCAGCAAAGAUUCUAUCUUAUAACCGUGCCAAUCGAGCUGUUGCAAUUCUUUGUAACCACCAGAGGGCGCCACCAAAGACCUUUGAGAAAUCAAUGAUGAACUUGCAGUCUAAGAUUGAUGCCAAGAAAGACCAGCUAGCAGAUGCUCGAAGGGACCUGAAAAGUGCUAAGGCUGAUGCCAAAGUCAUGAAGGAUGCAAAGACCAAGAAGGUUGUAGAAUCAAAAAAGAAAGCUGUACAGAGACUAGAAGAGCAGCUGAUGAAGCUGGAAGUUCAAGCCACAGAUCGAGAAGAGAAUAAACAAAUUGCCUUGGGAACUUCCAAACUCAAUUAUCUGGACCCUAGGAUCACAGUGGCUUGGUGUAAGAAGUGGGGGGUCCCAAUUGAGAAGAUUUACAACAAAACCCAGAGGGAGAAGUUUGCUUGGGCCAUUGAUAUGACGGAUGAGGACUACGAGUUUUGACCAGUCUUGCCAGGGGUUCUAUGAAAAGGGACAGUGUGGUUUGAGGAAGAUGGAUAAACUGAGCCUCACUUGCCCUCACAGCUGAGGGAGAGGCUGCAAGUCUUAACAAACCAACAUCUUUGCAAAAAGAUAGACCUGGAGAUAUUAUAAGGGAGAGCUGAGCCAGUUGUCCUAUGGACAACUUAUUUAAAAAUAUUUCAGAUAUCAAAAUUCUAGCUGUUUGAUUUGUUUUGAAUUUUAUUUUUAUUUUCAAGAGAGCAAGUGAAUGGGAUUUUGUCAGCAUCCUGCCAAGCAAAUUCAGUUUUGCUGCAAUGUUUGGAUUCUCUCAGCUACUGUAUGCACAGUCUGAUUAUAUUGGUGCGUUUUUACAGUUAGGGUUUUGCAAUAACUUCUAUAUUUUAAUAGAAACAAAUUCCUAAACUCCCUUCUCUCCCCUAUUUCAGGAAUUUAAAAUUAAGUAGAACAAAUCAAAAACCCAGCGCACCUAUUAGAGUCGUCACUCUAUCGUCAUGGGAAUCAGUUUUCAUUAAACUUGAAACAGUGUGACAUCGGCAGUGUUUUGGUUCAGACACCUAUUCACAGAAAAGCAUGAUGGGAAAAUAUUUCCUGACUUGAGUGUUCCUUUUUAAAUGUGAAUUUUUAUUUCUUUUUAAUUAUUUUAAAAUAUUUAAGCCUUCUUCUUGAUCUUAAAGAUCGUGUAGCUUGGGGUGGGGAGGGAUGAAGGGCGAGUGAGUCUAAGGAUAAUGAAAUAAUCAGUGACUGAAACCAUUUUCCCAUCAUUUUUUGUUUGGAGCAUUCUUUGUACCCUUUAAGAGAUCCAUCUUUUUCUUUGGAAACCCCAGUCUUUCAUUUGAGAGAUUUUGUUGUCUAAAAACUUCCACAGGUCAAUAAAUUUAGAGGAAAAUGAGCAUUUGGUCCAAGAAAAACAAAAACAAAAAACAAAGUAAAAAUAAUCAAGAUUUUAGGGCUUUUAUUUUUUUCUUUUGUAAUUGUGUAAAAAAAGGGGGAAAAACAAAGCAAAAUUUUAAUGUGAAAACAUUUUUUGCUAUAAUCAUUAGUUUUAGAGGCAUUGUUAGUUUAGUGUGUGUGCAGAGGCCAUUCCCUCAUCUUUCCUCAAGUAUCUUCUAUUUUUAUCAUGAAUUCCCUUUUAAUCAACUGUAGGUUAUUUAAAAUAAACUCCUACAACUUAACGGAAA